AGUGUUACCAAGUAAUUCUAAUAAGAAGUAUAUUUUUUAUACACCAGUUUCCUCUGGUUAAUGAAUUCAUUAACAUUCUAAGUAUAGAUAACAUUCUCUGCAUAGAUAAUAUUCUCUGCUUACGGAGCAUAAAGAAAUAAAAAGUAGUUGCUUAGUGCAAAUACUAAAUACUAGACUAAACUCUACUAUACAUUUUGUCGGUUUGUUUUCCUAUGAAAAAGGGUUAUGCCAAUUGGCAGCCGGCAAUCUGACAAUUUGUUAACAGCUGUUUGUGUAUCGAAUUCUGGGAAGCUUCGGCAAAAACUGUUUGUUUUCUAAAAUUUCGUUAAAAGCCCAGCAAUAAAUAUAAAAUGGUUCGCAUUGGUUUACAAAUUUCAGCUACUUUAGAGAAUAUCGAUAGUCUGGAAACAAAUCACCCGGAUUAUCCGUUUUUUGUGAAAAUAAAAUGCUCUAAUUGUGGUGAACCGUCAGACAAAUGGCACGAUAUAACGGAAUCGGAGCGUAUGCAAGCAAGCGCUGACGCACGAAAUCCUGAAGGUUUCAACUUUUACAUGAAAUGUAAAAUGUGUGGUCGGGAGAACAGCAUUGAUAUAGUGGAGAAAACGAAUGUGCCUUACACCCAUGACGAUGCGGGCAAGUUCAAAACAAUUGUCGUCUUCGAUUGCCGUGGAGUGGAGCCAAUAGACUUUUCACCGCGUAAUGGUUGGAUAGUGCGCUCUGCAGAAAAUGGUCAAACGUUCGAAGAUGUAGAUCUAUCCGAAGAUGAUUGGGUUGAAUAUGAUCAGAAGAAUAAAGAAUCUAUUGGUGUAUAUGAAUUCGCGUCACAAUUCGUGAAAUUGAAGAAAUAAUAUGUAUAUUCUACAAUAUAUAAGACAACAUAAAGUGUUUAUUCGCUGCCAUAUGAUAUUCUUGUAAAACGCAUAGCAAUUCUUUGUAGAGAAGCAACAAUAGAUUUAGAAAACCAACUUAGAAAAGUUUAAGAAAUAAUUUUGCAAUGCAUUUGUUAAUAAUAUCAAACAAACCAGCGAAGAAAGAAAAAAUUCUGAAGUUGAUAUUAAUAAUUGUAUAAAUUAUCGCAACCGCUUUAAAUGGCUGAGUGAUCGUUCCUUAUAAAAAAAAAAUGGAAAAAUUAUUUUUAAUUACUAAUUAUUGUUUUUUGGAGUCAAUUUAUUUCAAAUAAAAGAACUAUAACUAUUAAAAAUAUACAAA